CCACAUCACGUCCAGUAAAUAUUUUACUCUACGUAUAAUUUCAGUCAUAGAAGAUGGUGAAGCUAGUCUGCGUGUUUGUUGGUCUGGAGGAAAGCUUGUUCUUUGUGAAUAUCGAUGCGAAUGAGUCGGUGGGUUACCUGAAGGAUGCGAUCAAGGAGAAGAAGCCCUGGACGGUCACUGGGGUAGCUCGCAAACUCCAUCUUUUCCUUGCGAAGAAGGACAGCGCAUGGCUGGACGCUACUGGCGUAACGGCCGUAGAGCUCGAUGCAAAUGGACAGCUGCAAGGCUUCGAGGAGAUGAGGGCGACACGAUGGAUCCGGAACGCCAUGCACUUUGGAGAGGGGUUUCACCAGGAGGAUGGUCAGAUCCAUGUGCUGGUGGUGGUACCGAAGGAUUAUCUUGAAUGAAGAACCCGGAGUCACGUCGUUCGGGGAAAUGGGCGCAUAAUAGCUGAGCCUCUGCGGGAGUAAAGUAGACAGAUCAACGAGAUACAAGCACAACAACUUACUGACUUU